AGGGCUGUCAGUGUACACUUUUUCAGUACCAUGUUGCACGUAUUGUUACUGCUGUCGUUGGCAGGUCUCUCGGUGAGCGAGUUCGACCAUGACCUCCAUGCCAAGUACCUACAAAUGCCACGGGACCAGUUCAUACAAUACUUCAACAGCCAAAACUAUACAUGGAAGAUGGCAGACAAUCCACAUAUAGACGAAAGUUAUCAUGACUGUCUCAAAACAGACGGUAUACAGCUGGAAAACUUCGAAAUUAGACGCUACGAUCCGAAACUGUAUGGACAAUUACCGGAAAAUUUCGAUGCGAGACAAAAAUGGGCCAAUUGUGAUACAAUUAAAGAUAUAUUCAAUCAAGGACCGUGUGGUUCUUGCUGGGCCUUCGCAACAGCCACUGUAGCUUCAGAUAGAAUGUGUAUUGAGAAAGGUUUGACAGUGCGCUUAUCAGAACAAGACUUCGAUUGCGUACGCCCCAUUUGUGGAGGUGGUAACCCAAGUGAAUCCUUUGAUUAUUGGCAGGAUCAGGGUGUUGUGAGCUCAGAGUGCAGACCUUACGACAUACAUUCUACCGACUACUGUCCACGAAAAUGUGAUAAUCAGAGUAUAAAUUAUCAAAACGACAAACAUUUUGCCGAAAGCUUUUACAUAAUAUCGUCAGAAGAGAACGAUAUAAAAUUUGAAUUAUUUAAUCAUGGACCUAUAUUUGCUGGAUUUACGGUGUAUGAUGAUUUCAGGAAGUACACAUCGGGCGUUUACAUACAUCAAUUUGGAGAGAGACUAGGUGAACAUGCUGUUCGAAUCAUCGGAUAUGGAGUCGAGAACGGAGUAGACUACUGGCUAGCGGCCAACAGUUGGGGAAAUAUGUGGGGUGAUAAAGGAACCUUCAAAAUAAAACGAUAUCAGAAUUUACUACUACCUUUCGAAAGCAUGCUCUACACGGGACAUGCGAUGAAUUAACAUUUUAUUUUGAGACCACUGCUUUCUUUUCACUAUAAUAAAUGUAAACAUAAUCAAAAAAUA